AUGCUCGAAACAUUCCUGGGAGCUCGCCAUCUGAGUCACCCAGCUCUGCACCGCGGCCUGCCCCUGCGCCUGCCACUGCCCCUGCGCCUGCCACUGCGCCUGCCACUGCCACUGCCACUGCCACGACCACUGCCACUGCCACUGUCACUGCUCCCGCCCCGCCCCCGCUGCUCUCCCCUCGGACGUCCACACCGCCUGCCGCCGCCGCCGUUGCACUCCUUCGCGGCGCGCUCCCUCUCCUCGACCCCGCCUCUCUUCGUCUUCGCACGCGCGCCGGCCGCAACGACAAUGGCCAACGAUGCGAACGACCACCCUCAGUGGGCCGCCGCCAAAGUGCGCCAGACCUUCCUGGACUACUUCAAGGAGAGGGGACACACAUUUGUCCCCUCGUCCUCGGUCGUCCCCCUCUCCGACCCCACCCUCCUCUUCACCAAUGCCGGCAUGAACCAGUACAAGGCCAUCUUUCAGGGCACCGUCGACCCGGCCUCGGACUUUGCGCAGCUCAAGCGCGCCGCAAACUCGCAAAAGUGCAUCCGCGCCGGCGGCAAGCACAACGACCUCGACGAUGUCGGCAAGGACAGCUACCACCACACCUUCUUCGAGAUGCUCGGCAACUGGUCCUUUGGCGACUACUUCAAGCAGGACGCCAUCACCUUCACCUGGGAGCUGCUCACAAAAGUCUACGGCGUCGACCCCAAGCGCCUGUACGUCACCUACUUCGAGGGCGACGCUGCCGGUGGCCUGGAGCCCGACCUCGAGGCCAAGGAGCUGUGGAAGGCUGUCGGCGUCCCCGAGGACCAGAUCCUGCCCGGCGACAUGAAGGACAACUUCUGGGAAAUGGGCGACCAGGGCCCCUGUGGUCCCUGCUCCGAGGUCCACUACGACCUGCGCGAGCCCGUCAACGGCGAGUACAGAAACGCCGCCUCGCUCGUCAACGCCGACGACCCCGAGGUCAUUGAGAUCUGGAACAACGUCUUCAUGCAGUACAACCGCGAGUCUGACCGCUCGCUGCGGCCCCUGCCCAACAAGCACAUCGACACCGGCAUGGGCUUCGAGCGCUUGGUCUGCCUGCUGCAGAAGAAAAUGUCAAACUACGACACCGACGUCUUCACACCCUUGUUCGACAAGAUCCAACAAGUCACAGGCGCGCGGCCUUACAAUGCCAAGUUUGGCAAGGAGGAUCCAGACGGCAUCGACACCGCCUACCGAGUCGUCGCUGACCACGUCCGCAUGAUGUCCUUUGCUAUUGCCGACGGCGGCGUCCCCAACAACGUCGGCCGUGGCUACGUCGUGCGACGCGUCCUGCGGCGAGGCGCCCGCUACGCCCGCAAGUACUUCGAGACGGACAUUGGCGACUUCUUCUCCAAGAUUGUCCCCACCUUGGUCGAGCAGAUGGGCGACAUGUUCCCGGAGAUCAAGAAGAAGCAGCAGGACAUCAUCGAGAUUCUCGACGAGGAAGAAAAGGCCUUUGCCAAGUCGCUGGACCGCGGAGAGGUCAUUUUCGAAAAGUACGCACAAAAGGCAAAGGCAAAGGGCUCCAACCAUCUGCCUGGAGACGACGUCUGGCGGUUGUACGACACCUACGGCUUCCCCGUCGACCUCACAAAACUCAUGGCCGAGGAGCGCGGACUCAACAUCGACGACAAGGAGGUCGAGGAGGCGCAAGAAAAGGCACGCGAGGCCAGCAAGGGCGACAAGAAGGCUGCCGGGGUAGUCGUCAAGCUCGACGUGCACGACCUGGGCGCCCUAGAGAACAUGCCCGAAGUCCCCAAGACCGACGACAAUGCCAAGUACGGCCGCGAGAACAUCACAUCCACCAUCAAGGCCAUCUACCACAACAAGCAAUUCCUGAAGAGCACAAAGGAUGUCCCUCGGGGAGAGCGUUUCGGCAUUCUGCUUGACAAGACCAACUUCUACGCGGAACAGGGUGGUCAAGAGGCCGACUACGGAAAGCUUGUCGUCGACGGCGAGGCCGACUUCACAGUGGACGAUGUCCAGGUGUACGCCGGCUACGUCCUGCACACCGGCUACCUCGGCGAAGGCGAGCUGAGCGUCGGCAGUGAAGUCAUCGCCGAGUUCGACGAACUGCGGAGAAACCCGAUCCGCAACAACCACACCGGAACUCACGUCCUCAACUACGCCCUCCGCGAGGUCCUAGGCAACGAGGUCGACCAGAAGGGGUCGCUCGUUGCACCCGAGAAGCUGCGCUUCGACUUCUCCCACAAGGCCGGCCUCUCCGACGCCGAGCUCGAGAAGGUGGAGAAGAUCUCCUCCGACUACAUCCGCCAGGACUCGCAAGUCUACGCUAAAGAAGUGCCCCUUGCAACCGCCCGCGGUAUCAACGGUCUGCGCGCCGUCUUUGGCGAGACCUACCCCGACCCUGUGCGCGUCGUCUCCGUUGGCGUGCCCGUCGAAGACUUGAUCGCAGACCCGCAGAAAGAAGAGUGGGCAAAGCUGUCGAUCGAGUUCUGCGGUGGCACACACGUCCUCAAGACGGGCGAGAUCAAGGAGCUCGUCAUCCUCGAGGAGUCCGGCAUCGCAAAGGGCAUUCGCCGCGUCAUCGCCGUGACGGGCCAGGAAGCCUACGACGUGCAGCGCAUCGCCAACGAAUUCUCGGAGCGCCUCGACGCGCUCGAGAAGCUGAAGUUCGGCGCGCAAAAGGAAAACGACGCCAAGCGCACCCAGGUCGACCUCAACAACCUCACCAUCUCGGCGCUGACCAAGAGCCGCUUCCGCGAGCGCAUGAACAAGAUCAGCAAGUCGAUUCUCGACGAGCAAAAAGCCGCCGCCAAGGCCGAGCAGAAGAAGGUGCUCGACCAGGUGACUGCGUACUUUGACGACGCGAGCAAGACGUUCCUCGUGCAGAAAGUCGACUACACAAGCACCGUCAGCAAAACCAUCAGCGACGUCGUCAAGACCAUCAGCGGGCCCAAGAGCGCCCUCAAAGACCGCAGCCUGUACCUCUUCGCCGCGAGCCCCGAUGAGGGCAAGGUCGUGCACGGCUGCUACGUGUCCGAGCCCUUCAAAGCCAAAGGCGCCGACGGACCAAAGUGGGCAGCCGCCGUCACGCCCAUCAUUGGCGGCAAAGCCGGCGGCAAGCCUGGCGCUCCGACGGCAGUCGGCCAGGGCACCAACGCGGACAAGGUCGACCAGGGCGUCGAGGAGGCGACGCGGUGGAUUGAGAAGCUGGCCUUGUAG